UUUUUACGUUUCCAAAACUGCUUCAUUGAGCAUCAUCUCCCGGCAAGGAAACAAAGGUGUGACGCUGAUAAGAGAGGAUGAGUCAGGGGGAAGCCGAUGCAGAAGAGUGCGAAGCUGGAAGGACUGCGUUCAAUUGAAGCUGAGGCACCUUGCGUGCGCGGGUUGCUUGGUUUUUACGUCUGCACCUCAGAGAGAAAGGGACCUGCGCGACACCCGCAAUGAAAGAUGUCUUACAUCGCAGGUCGUCUGAACGUCGCUCCAACCGGUCCAUGUGCCACCGGUAAAUCUAGCCGGGGAUAUGAUGGUGAUGCAGGGGUCUCUGCCCUGCUGCUCUCGCUGUGCCCCCCGCCAUUCUCUAUGAUGUGCAAAACUGCCGCGCCGAUCUCCUUCUUCUCUUCACGUUGGCUUAUCUGUUCGGAGACAUGCUGACCUGGCUUCCUCUGCGCUGAUUUCCUGCUCUUUGUGAAAUGACAGCCAAGGGGAGACGAAAAAAGGGGCGCAGACCGGGAGCCGGACGUAUGGAUUUUAAAAGAAGGUUGAGCCGAUAAUAAAGCAAAAAGAGAGUGAAGCUUAAAGAGUCGACAGGGUGCCACAUAAAAAAGGAAGAAGGCAAAAGAGAUAAACGCACAAAGAGAAGCCGCUACCGCUGCCUCAGGAGAGAUCCGCUAUACGAGCUGCUUGGAAGCCAGCCAGAAAGGCAUCCCCGACUCCAUCCCCGUCUCUCCAGGAUUAUCCGUGGUUUGAUCGCUUCAUUCUCAUUGUAUUCGUGUUUAUUUGGUCUGUGACUCGCUCGCUGUGUUCACCCCCCAGAUCGCACACACCCAAACCAUGGGAUGCAUACAAAGCAUCACUUGCAAAUCGAGAAUCAAAAGGGAGAAUAUUGUGGUGUACGACGUAUCAGCAACCAUCGACCCCUGUCCAACGCUCAUCGAGGAGAACUCCCCGAUCGUGCUGCGCUACAAGACCCCGUAUUUCAAGGCGUCCGCCAGGGUAGUGAUGCCCGCUGUCCCACGCAACGAGACCUGGGUGGUCGGUUGGAUACAAGCCUGCAAUCAAAUGGAGUUUUACAACACCUACAGCGACUUGGGCAUGUCCAGCUGGGAGCUUCCAGAAUUGCGGGAAGGCAGAGUGAAAGCCAUCAGUGACUCGGACGGUGUCAGCUAUCCUUGGUAUGGUAACACAACCGAGACGGUGACUCUGGUGGGCCCCACCAACAAGAUUUCCCGUUUUUCAGUCAGCAUGAAUGACAACUUCUAUCCCAGCGUGACCUGGGCAGUGCCCGUCAGCGACAGCAAUGUGCCAAUGCUGACACGUAUCAAACGGGACCAGAGUUUCACUACUUGGCUUGUGGCACUCAAUGCCACCACCAAGGAAAAGAUUGUGCUUCAAACCAUUAAAUGGAGGAUGCGGGUGGACAUUGAAGUAGACCCUUCACAGCCUCUGGGGCACAGAGCAUGUCUAGUUGGUAGAGCACAGCAAGAGCAACCCCGGAUCCUGACCAGGAUGGAGCCAAUCCCUUCCAAUGCCCUCGUCAAGCCCAACGCCAAUGAUGCGCAAGUGUUGAUGUGGAGGCCAAAAAGAGGCAUCCCUCUCGUGGUCAUCCCUGCCAAAUAGCAGAGCCACAGUCCCACACGUUCACUUUCAAGUAUUGUGGAUAUCAAAGAACCACAGGAAGACGAUGUCUCUCCGUGCCUGCCUAGCUGUACCCUCCUGUGGGUAUCCAAGAAAUCUUGGUUAGCCAAGCAAGGACAAGGUGGAUGGGUUUGGAUGCUGAUUCACAUCAGUCCGUGGACUUGAAAUAAGCAGCACUGGACUGGAAUGGGCAGAUGGAGGAGAAGUAAGCAUGGAAAAUUCAUGUUGCUGGGCAACACACAACAAGGAAGGGACUGGUGUGAAGUUCGGGGGGGGAUUGGGGCAAACCGGUUUGAAAUGUAAGCUGAGAUGAACGACCGCUUAUGUGGGAAUACUUAAAAGAAGGACACAGAGACAGAUGCCUGAAACGGCUUUAGGAGAUGCACCAGCCAAGAGUUCAGCUUGCUUGCCAAUGACCACCGCGGGCUGCUGGAUAUGACCCUACUCAGGCUUUAACUCUUUCAGCGCCUAUGCUUUUCUUCGUUUGUUUGUUUGUUUUUCUAAAUUUUGUUUUGGUUUGGUCCAAGUGCCAAAGGUUUUGUGCUCAGUGGUCCCAUUCAUUUUGUGCUUAAAGAGGACACCAUUUGUUACUUUAAAAAAA